CCUGCGCGUCGCAGUUAUGGACUCUGGUGAACUGCGGUAUACAUAAUUCUUUCAGAUAUAGCGUUCACCAAUUGAAAAACAAAGAAAUAUCUCGUUUCACAUACGCGAUUUUAAAUUCGAGUGAUCCAGUUACUGGAUUAUUGGUUUAUGUUUACAAGAUUUUACGUUUGAUGUCACAUCAGUCGGGGUUUCAUGUAGGAAGAUAAAAACUGCAAACAAUGGUGUUCGUUCAAAUGUAAACUAUUUUUGUUUUGUUAAACGAAUUAAUAAUAAGGUAUGGAAUUCGUUGCCAUAAAACGUAACAGAGGUCGGAAAAGGAGAAGAUAUCUGGAGAAACGACGUCGUGAACAAAUUAAAUUUGAGGUUAAGACUGCGAAACAUACUAAUAUUUUCAUCGCAAAAAAAAAAUUGAUUACUAAUACUAUGCAUGCUAAUUCAUUUUGGGAAAACUAUACAGCCGCUCAAGAGUGGCAAAGAAGACACAGUGUAACGUGGUGGAAAACUCGUUGUACUGCAUUAGAACAUGAGAAUCAAGUGUUAAGGGAUAAGUUAAGAUCAUUAGCAUGUGAAAAUACCCAGCAGUAUUCUUUGCAUCCACAAAAAAACCAGGAUGCAACUGAAGAACAGUACAGUGCAACAUCCACAGAAGAAAAUGAAAAUUUAGAAUUUCAUGUAGAUGAAGAUAUGAUGAAUUUUUUAGAGCAAAGUAUGAGACAUAAAAUAGAAUUGCAGAAGAAAAGAGAAUCUGAGUCAUGUGUUGAAAAUAAAUUAGAGGAUAUGAAUGAGCAUAUUCAGGGAGGUGCUGCUUGGAUACAGGCAAGAAACCAGAAUGCAAAAUUGUUGUAUGGAGAAGCAAGCCCUACCAUAUUAGCAAUGGAAACUGCUCUUCAGACUACUGUGGAUAGGCAUAAAGAUAAAGCAAAACCUCAGUAUUGGCCCAUUAUUCCUUUAAAACCAUGAAUUCUAAGACAAUAUGUUAUUCUGAACUUUAAAUAUGUAUUUUAUACAAAAAAUAUAAAAAUUUCUUUUA